CUGAAUAAGCCUGCUUUCAUUGAUAGGAUCGCGACGUAACAAAAUACAAGCAUGGGCAAAUAUUCUUCUUCACCCCUCUGGUCCUCGCUCACGCCCAUCCCCCUGGACGAUGGGGCAAAGUACUAUGCUCAGGGCUCUGGCUCCGGCGAAGACGGAGACGAAACAUACCCUUUGGCCACAAUCACAUACACUGAGGACUAUGCUGAGGCCACAGCCUAUCUGAGAGGCGUGAUGGCGGCCAAUGAGAUGUCGGAGAGAGCGCUAGAGCUAACGGCGGAUGUGAUCAUGCUGAAUCCAGCCCAUUAUACUGUGUGGUUAUACAGAGCUAAGAUAAUCCAAGCGCUCAAGAAGGAUCUCCGCGAGGAGAUUGCAUGGUUAAACAAGAUCUCGCUCAAACACUUGAAGAACUAUCAGAUAUGGCAUCAUCGUCAGCUGAUCAUGUCAGACCGCGAAACCUUUCCUGAUCUUCCUGAAUCAGAGCAGGACUUCCUUGGCCAAAUGUUUUCCCUGGAUUCUAAAAAUUACCACGUUUGGACAUAUCGUCACUGGCUCGUGCGACAUUUUGCCCUCUGGGACUGUCCGCGCGAACUGAGCGAUGUCGAAAAUCUGAUCGAUUCGGACGUCCGGAACAACUCGGCGUGGAAUCAUCGCUGGGUUCUGAAAUUCGGUCCGCGAGGAGACAAGUUUGACUCUGGCAUGCCGAACCCUACUGACCAGAGUGGUAACCGUGGGCGCCUUGAAAUCGCUGACGAGGACAUUGUAGACACCGAGAUAGAAUACGCAAAGAGCAAGAUCGUCCUUGCCCCAGAAAACAGGAGCCCCUGGGCUUAUGUGCGAGGGGUGCUUCACGCAGCAGGCCGACCGAUGGCGGAACUGAAGACGUUCGCGUCCAGGUUCGUCGUCGAGGAGGUUCAAGACGGUGACACUAUCGACUAUCAGGUUAAAAGCAGCCUAGCCAUGGAAUGGUUAGCAGACACUUUCGCUGAAGAAGCCAAAGAGGGAUGCAGGACAGAGACUGCGAAGUGCAAGAUCGAGGCGGUUAAGAUGUUGACUUUAUUGAAGGAGAAGUAUGAUCCUAUUCGGAAAAAUUAUUGGGAUUAUCGGAUUCACAUGAUCAAGAAUCACUGAUGUGGAUUGUUCUUUUGACCCUUUUUUUUUCUUUUUUCUCUUUUUCUCGUUUUUCGACGAGCAAUCUUUUGAUCCGCAAGCACUGUCUAAUCUAUGACGCCCGUUGGGUACAAUGCCAAAAAUCAACGUAUCGUUAAGUUAGAA